GAAUCCUCAGGAUUUUACAUCGCCGCAAUGACGUGGGAGACUGCUGAUGGACGAGAGUUGAGCAGGUCUCCACACUCGAACUCCGUUGUAUACUCAGCUCCAGUUGAGGCCACUCUGGAAAUGAUCUGUUACACAUACACUUUCCAUCAGAGCGUGCAGUUCCUCCAGUUCUUCGUACUUAUAGCACAAGGUACUGUUAUAGGAUUCUCAUCGACAACA